UAUAGAUUAAUGACUGAAUAAAAAGUAAUUUCUAUCUUUGAUUUUGGAAAAACCAGGAAUAAAUUUUGGUAAACAUGUGAUAAGUCUGUGUUGGAUGUAAUUAAUUUCAUUUAAUAUCAAGUCCUAAACAUUUUUAGUUGAAUAAGAAUUUUUGACUGCAGGAAAAGCUAGUGUCAAAUAAGUCUUUAUUGUACUUGGAUUAGAAUACAUUUAUAAAGUGACUGUAGACAAAUUGAAAUGUGCACCUCUCAUUACUACUCAUUUGACUUAUAUAGAACCAGGAGCUGAUCAUUUAGUGCAAUUAAAUUCUGAUGAGGAGCAGUAUGGGUUCAGAUUAUAAUACCAAACAAAAACUUUGGAGAUUUUUCUAUCUGACAAGUCUUGUUAUGAUCAAUGGAAAAUCCACCUAAGAAAAGCUUGUUUGUUAGAGAAUUUUCAUGAGGCUUAUAUGGUUUCUAAAUUAAUUGGAAAGGGAAGUUUUGCAAAAGUUUAUCUUGCCACCAGAAAAGAUAACAAUACUUAAUACGCUGUCAAGGCUUUUAGCAAGUCUUUUAUGCUGCAAUAGCACAAAGGAAUUGAAAGCCUCUUGAAUGAAAUGAAAGUAAUGAGAAAAUUAAACCACCAAAAUAUUGUAAAAUUGCAUGAAGUACAUGAAACAGCUAACUCUGUUUAUUUUGUAGUUGAUAUUGUGGCAGGAGGAGAACUACUUUAAAGGGUGAGAGAAACAGGUAUUUUACAUAAAAUAAUAUAGGAUUUUUACCAGCUGAAACCUUGUAGAGACUAGCCUAUAACCUACUAUCUGCAUUGAAUCACAUGCAUCAAUUCAAUAUAGCUCACAGAGAUCUAAAACCUGAAAAUCUACUGCUGAAAUCUUUUGAAAACAAUCACGAUAUUGUAUUAGCAGAUUUUGGAUUGGCAGCAUUAUUACAGGAUAAUAAUAUUUUAUUUAAAAGAUGUGGUACUCCUGGGUUUGUUGCUCCAGAAAUAUUGGAAUAUAUUGAUGGACAUUAAAUCUAUGAUGAGAAAUGCGAUGUUUUUAGUGCUGGAAUCAUCUUGUACCUAUUAAUUGUAAGUUAUUUAUUGAUUUUAGACUGGUGAUUAACCAUUUUCAGGUAAAGAUUAAAAGGCCAUUUUAAAGGCCAAUAAAGAUUGUAUCAUUGAUUUUGAAGAUUCCUUGUUUAAAUCUGCACCAAUACAACUUUAGGAUUUAAUAAGAGCUAUGUUGUUGAAAAAGCCCCAAGACAGAUUAAGUUCAAGCGAAGUAAAUUUUAACAAAAUUAUUACAGUGCUUGAGACAUCCAUAUUUUAAAGAAUUGGCCAAAGAACAAUAAGUUAAAUAAGAGAAUUAUUAACAAAAUUUGAAUGAUUAUAAUUAGUUUUACAAGAAUAAUGUCAAAAUGGGAUCUAUAGAUCUGAAUUUAGAAUAGAGAUAACCAGCAUUUACAGGAAAUUUAAAUUCAAUUGAAUCAAUUUCAUGUGUUUCCAAUAAUUCAUUUGCCAAAAUUGAAAUGAAAGCUCCUUCAGUGGUUGGUGCUUCCAAAUUUAGUUAAUACAGUUGUAAAUUAAACAGGUUAGGCUCCAGGGAUAUAUCUGGUAAUUAAUUCAAUAUAAUGGUUAGAUAUCCCAACAACUUAAUUACAAAAAACAGAAUCAAAGAAGCACAUUGAUUUACAUAGAAUUGCUAUUCAGAAUUCACAUAGAAAGCAAAUUUAGGAUUAGUUUGAGGAUUAAACUAUAAAAACUGAAGGAUCAGAAGCCAAUGUGAUGGCCAGAUCAUCAAAUUCAACAAGACAAAUUCGUAUUCCUGAAAAUUUGUCAACCUUUUCCUAACCUAGUAAAUUAGCAUCUACUCCGACUAAUAGAAACAAAAAGAUUACUUGAAUGCUUUUUUUCAUUCAAAAUUGC